AUGUCAAUGUCAAUCGCUCGAUCAAUCCGAGCCCUCAAAAGUGGCUCUUCCAGUAAACUCUCACUACCAAAGAGAACUUUGGCUACUCCCGUUAACACCAACUUGUACACCCCAGUCUUACCCGCCAAGAUCCCAGCGGUGUUACACUUGAAAUCAGGUCAAAGUUACCAUGGACAUAAUUUCGGUAGUGAGAACUCUAAAUUCGGUGAAACUGUCUUCAGUACCAGUAUCACUUCUUACACCGACUCAAUGACCGAUCCUUCCUACCUUGGUCAAAUCCUCGUCUUCACCUCACCUAUGAUCGGAAACUACGGUGUUCCCUCCAACUCUUCCCCACCAGGAUUCCCGGGUAUCCCAUACCUCGAAUCAGAGAAAAUCCAAUGUACAGGUGUAGUCGUCUCUGACGUCGCGCUUAAAUACUCUCAUUACAAAGCUGUCGAAUCAUUGCACGAAUGGUGUAAGCGAUACGACGUACCAGGUAUAACCGGUGUCGAUACUCGAGCUAUCACCUCUCUCCUUCGAGAUCAGGGAACUACCCUCGGUCGAUUGGCAGUAGGUGAUGAAUCGCUCAAGCCUGCUCCUGCAUCAAGCGAAUUCUGGGAUCCAUCAACCGAGAAUUUAGUUGCUCAAGCGUCGACCAAACAACCUUACGUUCUCAAUGCCGAAGGUAAAGGACCACGAAUUGCCCUAUUGGAUUUCGGUACCAAAGCGAAUAUCCUCAGAUCGUUGGUUAAAAGAGGAGCUGUAGUCACCGUUUUACCAUGGGAUUAUGACUUUAAUUCAAUCAGAGAUCAAUUCGAUGGAUUGUUCUUAUCCAAUGGUCCAGGUGACCCCAAGCAAAUUAUGGAAACUGCCCUCAGGGUAAGGGAAACUAUCGAUCAAUGGGAUAAACCAAUUUUCGGAAUUUGUAUGGGACAUCAAGUUCUGGGUUUAGCUGCUGGUUUGGAAGCCUACAGAAUGACUUUCGGAAAUAGAGGUCAUAAUCAACCUGUAUUGGCUUUGGCUAGUUCGGGAAGUAUCAAUGCUGGUAGAGUUUAUGUUACUUCACAAAACCAUCAAUACGCUUUGAAGUUGACUGAAGAAUUUCCAGAAGGUUGGGCACCAUUCUUCAUCAACUGUAAUGAUUCUUCUGUAGAGGGUAUCAUCUCCACUCCAGAGAGUGGAAAGAGAGUUUGGGGUGUACAAUUCCAUCCUGAAUCUGCUGGUGGUCCAUUGGACACCAUCGAGAUGUUCACUGAUUUCGUCAACGAGUGUCAAUUCGGUCGAUCGGGAGGAUCUAACAUGAUUGCUGGAGAAGUCAAGGUUGGAGGAUCGGAUGCUAAAGCUGCCAGUGAGAUCAGCGCGACUGCUUAG